AUGCCAGGCCAGAUCAUCAGCGUUCCAUUUUUGUCACAGACCGAGGACAUGGACAAGUACCUGCUGGAGUACCGCAGCCUAAAGCUGAUCCGCCAGUCCAGCGACUCCUUCCAACCUCGCAACGCUCCCCCUCACCAGUCGAACUACCACUCGCAUUAUAACCACAUGAAGUAUAAUAAUACAGGUAGCUACUACUAUAACGGCAACACUCAUAACCAGGCAAGUCUACAGCCUAUGAACAGGCCUAUUCCGUCGUCUUCUUAUGGAACCUAUAGCCAUAACAGGCCCAAUGACGUAACAUUUAUGAAUGCUCAGAAGAAGCACAACAGGUUCAACACCAACAACACAGUGAACCAACAGAAAUACAAACAAUACUCGCAAUAUCCCUCCAACCCCGUGAUCACUGCCCAUUUAAAGCAAACAUACCCACAACUGUACUAUAAUAGCAACGUCAACAACAACAAUAGCAACAACAGCAACAACAGCAAUGCUCUUUACAAUCAGGCACAAUUUUCCCCAAGGUACUUCAACUCGAACUCCUCCCCCUCACUGGCCACUUCCGCCUCAAGCUCCUCCUCCCCAUACAACCAAACUAAUUUUGAAUACAUGCUCCCAUCUAAUUCAGCGGCUCCGACAAACCUAUCAUCGUCGUCUUCAAACAAUUCCACGCUGACCAACCCCACCACGGCAACCUCGGCGUCCACCGACUUAAUCAACGACUUGCCCACGGGACCUACUGCCAAUUCGCUAAUUCCAGAUUUGCAUUCCACACCAACCAUACCUUUCUUACCAACCAACCAAACACUGCUAAUGUCCUCCACCGCACCUGGCACCAUUGGCACCAACAUACACCCAUCGCAAUCUUCACCAUCUCCAUCGCUACGGGACAAUUUCACCUCCGUGCCAGUGAACAUGUCCUCAACUGCGUCGCUGUUAAUGAAUGAUUCUUCCUUGGGGUGGGGAUCCAACCACAUGAACGUAUCUUCAUCUUCUCAAUCGGCAUCAUCAAGACCAUUUGGCAUUUGGAAUAAUGACAUGAGCGUCUGGAGUUGA